AUGCGGAGUCCCUCCUUUCCCUCGUGGGGGCCGCCGCCGCCGCUGCAGCUGCUACUGCUGCUGUUGCCGUGGCCAGUCUGGACCCAGGUGCCCGCCGCAGCCGCCUCCUGGGGAACCCCGGGCGCCGUAGACUGCCCCGAGGCGUGCGUGUGCGCGCCGGGGGGCCAGGCCAACUGCUCGGGGCGCGCGCUGCCCGCCGUGCCAGGGGGCUUGAACUGGCGCGUCCGCGUGCUGCUGCUGAACCACAACCGCGUGCACGCGCUGCCUCCCGGCGCCUUCGCGGACGCCGGCGCGCUGCUCCGCCUGGACCUGCGCGAGAACGGACUGCGCUGGGUGCACGCGCGGGCCUUCUGGGGCCUGGGCGCGCUGGAGCAGCUCGACCUCAGCGCCAACCAGCUAGAGGCGCUGCUGCCCGGCACCUUCGCGCCAUUGCGCGCGCUGCGCGCCCUCUCUCUGGCUGAGAACCGGCUGGCGCGCCUAGAGCCCGCGGCGCUGGGCGCGCUCCCGCUGCUGCGCGCGCUCAGCCUGCAAGACAACGACCUGCCUGCGCUCGCGUCCGGGCUCCUGGCGGGCCUGCCGAAUCUCAACACGCUGCGCCUGCGCGGCAACCCCUGGACCUGUGGCUGCGCGCUGCGCCCGCUCUGCGCCUGGCUUCGCGGACACCCGCGGCACGCGCCAGGUGAGCCCUCGGGGGCGCGGACGGGCCGGGCGGGCCGCUACCCCCACAACCGUCUGACGCAGCGCCCGUGUCCCGCAGAGGCCGAGACGCUGCUUUGCGUGUCGCCGGGGCGCCUGACGCUCAGCCCCUUGACCGCCUUCCCGGAGGCCGCCUUCAGCCACUGCGCGCGGCCCCUUGCCGCCCGGGAUCUGGCCGUGGUGUACGCUCUCGGGCCCGUCUCCUUCCUCGCUAGCCUGGCCGUCUGUCUGGCCCUGGGCUCCGCGUUCACCGCCUGCGGCGCUCGCCACCGCCGCCGCCACCGCGCCGCCGCCCGCCGCCAGCAGAGGAGGCAGCCGGAUCCUGGCCCCCGCACGGCCUCGCCUGCGGCCACCGCCUCUCAAGCUUGA